ACUGGGGCGUGUGCACCACAUCUGGAAUAGUAGCUACGGAGGAAGAAGUCGGGAGAAGCACAACCUCGCCGAAACUUGUCCCAACUCUCAGCAACUCCUCGUUUGUUUUUUAAACGGAUACAAACAUCUCGCUUCGCCUAUUUAUCUACUUGAAAAGAUGCUGCUCUUCCUGCUCGGAGUGCUUAUCUUGCACAUUAUCAUUCUCAUCCUUCUCAUCGUGUCGACGGCAACCAGUGUCUGGUCUGUAGAUGGGGAGACGACCAAACAUCUAUGGUACGAUUGCAUGACAAAUACUGGAAGCUACCACUGCACGCCGGCCAGCGAUGAAGACUGGAUCCAGGCCGUGCAAGCCCUCAUGAUCCUGUCCCUGCUCUUCUGCUUCUUCUCCCUCAUUGCAUUCGUGUUCCAGCUGUUCAAACUGGUCAAGGGCGGACGCUUCUUCUUCACCGCCAUCUUCCAGAUCUUGGCUAGUGUGUUCGUGAUGUGCGCGGCGAUCUUCUCCGCGGGGAGGUGUCCUGAGGACUCAUUCAGCAAAAAAUUCGCCUACCCCUAG